UUGAUUGCUUAUAAACUAUCUCUCCAAAAGAAAAACUUUUCAGCAUAUAUAGGUAACAUUACUUAAAAACAUUGAGAUCCACCGAUAUUGUUAAGAGGUUCAUUAAUCUACUUGUUCUCAGUGACUUUCUUCAAAUGAGGGCUUCUUUUCUAAUAUCUCUUGUGCUUUUGUCCCUCCUUCUAACUAAGGCUCAAGGGAUUCGCUUGGAGAGAGGAUCUUUGGCAGCUCGGCCAAAUAAACAUGCUAAAGAAAGCAAUUUGUUGAGAAGAAGUAAUAGUGGUGAUGAGGAAGCAAUUCUUUGCAAAGAUGAACAAUGCACAGGUAUCUUGAAGAAAAGAGUUACUACUAGAGCAUCCACAAAAGCACACAACCAAUUACCACCCAUUCAUGAAGAUUAUUGUGGACCUAGACAUCAUAGACCUUCACACCAUUAGUUUUCUAGCCCAAUAAGUUAUCUUUGUUUUUUUGUUAUUUCUUAUUGUAUAAUUAAUUAUGCAUUCUUCCAUACCAUUAAAAUUGAUGGCGUACUCGGUGUCAG